AUGUGCGAGCCCAUGGACAAGGAAACGGAACCCACCUACGACGACUGGCAGACCGAGCUCAAGCUCUACAUCAACAACGGAAGAGUGCCAAGAGACAAAUGGGCAGCUCGGCGGCUCAAAGCCCGUGCCUCCCACUAUGUACUCGUCAGGGACACCUUAUACCGAUACAGCAUGUCCGGAGCGCUCUUCACUUGUGUCAGCGGCCAAGAGGUACAAAACGUAAUGAAGGAAACACACGAAGGCGCAAGUGGCAACCACUCCGGGGGCCGAUCUCUCGCUCUCAAAAUCAAGAAGCAUGGCAUGUUCUGGCCAACUAUGAUCCCAGACUGCGAGAAAUUCGUCGCUCGCUGCAAGAAACGCCAACGCCACGCCCCAAUCAUUCAUCAACCAUCCGAGCUACUCUCUGCCUCAACCGCCCCCUACCCGUUCAUGCGUUGGGCCAUAGACAUCAUCGGACCUUUCCCUCCUUCUUGGCAAAAGCGGUUGGUACUCGUCAUGACCGAUUAUUUCACCAAGUGGGUCGAGGCCGCGGCCUACACCACCAUCAAGGACAACGACGUCCGCAACUUCGUGUGGAAAUUCAUCAUCUGCCGGCACGGUCUGCCCUAUGAGAUCGUCACCGACAACGGAUCCCAGUUUAUCUCUGCAACCUUCGAAGCAUUCUGCGCCCGGUGGAAGAUCAGACUCAGCAAAUCGACACCCCGCUACCUUCAAGGCAACGGCCAAGCCAAAGCUACCAACAAGACGAUCGCGCCGGACUCAAGAAACGACUCAAUGCCAAGAAAGGGGCAUGGGCAGACGAGCUCGACGGUGUCCUAUGGUCACACCGAACCACACCAAGGUGCGCGACGAGCCGCACUCCCUUCUCCCUCUCGCACGGAAUCGAAGCCAUGUUCCCUGCAGAGGUCGGCAUAG